AUAGAGGCUUUUUGGUCGCUCCCGAGAUUAAAUAACAAAUAGCUAAUAUUAUCCUCUGUAAACAUCUGAGGCACAGGAGGAAGAAGCCCUAUAUAAGGUCCCACCCUUAUCAUCGUUUUUCAGCUCGAUUCCCUAUUAUUGCUUUCCCCCAAAUUCCUCGACUGCUCUGCGGGGUUUUCUCUUUGUUUUAAUUGAGCACUUUGUUGUGGUGGGGGUGACAAUGGAAGCUAAAACUGGGGCUCAUGUAGCCAUUCUUCCGAGCCCAGGCAUGGGCCACCUGAUUCCCUUGGUGGUCUUCGCCAAGCACCUCGCUGCUACGCACUCCUUCUCGAUCACCUUCAUAAACCUCACCACAGAUUCGUCCGCCGCUCAGUCCUCCGUCCUCUCGAACCUCAACGACGUCGGCCUCUCCUCUGUCCAAUUUGUUGAUCUCCCCCCAGCCGACCUCUCUGACCUCCCCAGCUCCGCCAAGAUCGAGACCCGUAUCUCCCUCACCAUGUUCCGGUCCCUCUCCUCCCUCCGUGCCCUCCUUGGUGACCUCACCUCCAAAUUUCCCAACACUGUCCUGGUCGCCGACAUCUUUGGCACUGAUGCCUUUGAUGUCGCCGACGAACUGAGCCUACCCAAAUACUUAUUUUUCCCUUCGAAUGCGACGUUUCUCUCCCUGGUGUGUCAGCUCCCUGCUCUCGAUACCAAGGUAUCAGGAGAGUACCGGGAUCUUCGGGAGCUCAGGCUCCCAGGCUGCUCCUCGCCUUUCCCUGGAAAAGACCUCGUCUCCCCCCUUCAAGACAGGAAAGAUGCCGCCUACGCUUGGUUCCUCCACCAGGCUAAGCGAUACCCACGAGCAGACGGCAUUUUCGUCAACACUUUCGAGGCCCUUGAAUCGCAGGCCCUGCAAUUCCUCAAGGAGAAUCGAGCUUCAUUUCCUGAGGUGUUUCCUGUAGGCCCUCUGACUCUGGAGCAGCCCGAAAAUGAUAGCGACUGCCUGCGGUGGCUUGAUGAGCAGCCCCCUGGCUCAGUCGUGUUUGUGUCCUUCGGGAGCGGUGGCACGCUGUCGUAUGAGCAGUAUCAAAAUUUGGCUCAUGGGUUGGAAAAAAGCGGCCAGAGAUUCCUGUGGGUGAUUCGAACCCCUGAGCUCACGGAGGGUCCGGCAGCCUUCUUCACUGUAGAGAGCAAAGGAGACCCCAAAGCCUACUUGCCUGAAGGCUUCCUUGAAAGGACCAAGGGGGUGGGAAUGGUGGUCCCCUCAUGGGCACCACAGACUCGGGUGCUGGCCCAUGCCGCUACCGGCGGGUUCCUGACCCACUGCGGCUGGAACUCGACUCUUGAGAGCAUUCAGAAUGGGAUUCCAUUAAUUGCUUGGCCAUUGUAUGCAGAGCAGAAGAUGAAUGCCAUACUUUUGGUGGAUGAGAUCAAGGUGGCCAUUAGGCCUAAGAUCCAGGAAGAUGGGAUAAUAAAGGAGGAGGAGAUUGAGAGGGUGGUGAGGGGUUUGAUGGAAGGGGAGGAGGGGAAGGCCCUCCGGGCCAAGAUGCGCGACCUCAGGGAUGCCGCCGCCGCCACCGCCCUGGCUGAGGGGGGCUCCUCUUAUGGAUCACUUGUCAAUGCUACACAGAAAUGGAGAUCCAACGUCUAAUCCAAUUGUGCAUAGCCUAGAUUGACUCUCGCGCCCUUUUCUCCUCGCCGCCUCUCAUAUGAAAGCUAUUAGAGAAUUCGUUUUAUUUUUGUUUUUAUUAUGCCUACAUUAUCAUGAACAUGAUAGUGACUCAUGUAGAAGUUAAAAAAAAUAAAGUCGGGGUUAUGUGUCCUCAUUUUCCUC